UGUUUCCAUUUUUGUUUCCUGUUUGACCUGAUACUCUCUGUAUUUUUCCGAUCUGCUUUUUCUCCAAGAUUUGAACUUUUCUUGUUUGGAUUCAUUGAGAAACGCUAUGGGGUUUGUCCUUUCACCACUAAAUAGGUACACUGAUGGACUUUAUUCUUGAUCUCGACCACUCAUUUUGGUACUCCAUUUCUUUGAAUUUCUCUAUCUUUUUUUGGGAUUUUGUAGCAUUAGUUUACGAAUAGUCUUGGCUACUUGUUAUGCUCAAUCUUGAUUGUUUAGGGUCUUGAAGAAAUCUCUCCAAAAAUCUGAGCUUUUUUUACUUUUUCACACUUUGCACUGUGAAUUUGGCUAAUUUUAGUAUAUUAGCAGAUGGCUUCUGUACAAAAUUCAGUUUAUUAUUGUUCAGUAUCUAAAGGAGGUCAACUUAUAUAUGCAUAUAAUGGUGGAGAUCAUGAGACUGAGAAUUUGGCUGCAUUGUGUUUGGAAAGGGUUCCUCCUUUUCAUAAAUGGUAUUUUCAAACUAUGGUUAAGAAAACUUUUGGGUUUUUGAUGGAAGAUGAAGGGUAUGUUUACUUUGCUAUUGUAGAUGAGGGUCUUGGUAAUGAUAAAGUUCUAAGGUUUCUAGAACAGUUAAAGGAUGAAUUUAGGAAAGUGGCGAAAAAGGGUUCUUGCUGGACUAUGUCGAAUCUGAAUUCGAUUUGUUUACAAGGAGAAUUAGUUCCUGUUAUUUCACCAUGUAACAAUGCUACUGGGAAAAUUGUUGAGGGUGGUGAUUCAACAAAUGCCCUGUUGUUGGGAAAGCCAAGUAGACAAGAAAAGAAGAAAAGGAAUGAUCAUGUAAUUGCUAUCAGAGAUGCUGAGUUGGAGGAGGACCUAAACUCAACAGAACUAGUAGAUACGAACGAUCAAGAUACAGUAGUUAUUCCAAUUAUGUCACAGAAAGAGUUGUGCUUGGUAAGGAACAUAACAAGCUCUCAAAACUUCCAAAAGAAGUGGUGUCGCCAUGUACGUGUUAUCCUUGCCAUUGAUGUUGUGGUAUGUCUUGUGUUGCUUGUGAUCUGGUUAGUUAUUUGUGAAGGUACAAAGUGCCUUCACUAAAGUUGUUCUGUUCUUACCUUAUCUUAAUGCUUGGAGCCAAGGAGGUUAUUGUUCUAGCCUUUUGAAAUACCUCAGCACAGUGUUGCAUCGUGAUAAGCAUUUCCAAAGAAAGUGGAUAAUGAAAUUAACAAAUCAAGCAGCUGUCAUACUUAUAUCAAGUCUAAGUUUCAUUAAAGUAUUGUUGGAAACUCAUUUUUUGUACAGGAAUCACUUUGUUUAUGGAUAGAGUGUAGGGGAUGCAGUAGAUUAUAACCGAUGAGGUUCUUGUUGUCUAUUCUAGUCGUCUGAAGUUUGUUGCAGCUUCAUUGUUCCUCCUUGUAUCUACCACAUGAGUGCUUCAUUUUAAUACUUUUGUGUUCUUUUCCUAUUGGAUUGAGACGGGUCUAAGUGGAGAAAUAUGGAGCCGAUCCCAACUAGCUUGGGGUUGAGGCAUAGUAGUGGUUAUAGUAGUUUUUAUUAUUUUCCGUUGCCUCGUGUAUAUACAAAUGCCUGGUUACAUACAAUUUUGGUACUUUUUUCUUCAGUUAAAAGUUUGCCUUGAAAUAAAAAAUACUCUACUGCAUUGGUCUAC